AUGUGUUUCAUUCAAGGAAGACCCAGACAUCAUCAAAGUCAAGGCUGUAUUGAAUGUGCCAUUGGUGUUUUAUGUAUUGCAUUGGGUAAAUGGUUAGAUACGAAUAAUUCAGUUCAUUGGUCAGAUGGUCUGCUACCAGUUGUUUAUGGAAUCAACACAAGAAUAUCAUCAACAACAAAAAUGACACCAUAUGAAAUAAUGUUUGCUCCACUGGAACGCGCUGCUGUUGUUGUUGAUGAAAUUGUUGAACAGCCCACCAUAAAUGAAACUGUGACUGAUGAUUUUGAUAAACAAAAAGAAAAUGAUAAUUUAACUAUAGAUAAUGUCAUUCCUGAAAGUUUUCCGCUUCUAAAUACAAAUAAUAAUCCAAAUGCAGCUAGUCGGCUUGUCCAUGCGGGACGCCGUGACAGUUUUGACACAGUAAUCUGA